GUUAUCCCCUGUGAACCUGUGGAUUGCGGCAUUCCAGAGCUUCCUGAAUUAAUGGAACUAUCAGAUAAAGAUCCUCCAACAACUUAUCUGAACCAGAUCAGUCUUAAGUGCGAAAAUGUAUAUUAUCAACUGGAUAAAAAUGGUAAUUUGACCUGUAAUGCUGAGGGUAACUGGGUGUCUGAGAGUGGUCAACAAUUAACAGAAGAUUUGCCUAAAUGUGAACCAGUGUGUGGAAUUAAUACAGAGGCCUCUAUUGGUGGCAGAGUCUUUGGUGGGAAGCCAGCUUUAUUGAAGCAGAUUCCCUGGCAGCUCUUUCAUAGAGAAAGUCCCAGAGGUGGUGCAUCUUUAAUCAAUGAUUACUGGGCUGUAACAGCAGCUCACGUAGUGGAUGGAUAUGAAAAAAACACCAUGAAUUGGUUAGGGGGAAUAAUUGAUGGUAAAAGUCAAAAUCCAGUCACUAUGGAGACUGAGAAGAUAAUAAUUCACCCAAAUUAUCAGCGAGUUGGUACUGGUUCUCCAUCUAACUAUGAUUAUGAUAUUGAAAAUGACUAAAAGGGUGCCUAUAGGCCCAAACAUCAGGUCAGUGUGUCUACCAAACAAAACAGAUGAACCUGU